UGGCUUCGAUGUCAUCCGUCUAAAAGUCUACUUUCAUUUGGCGCCCUAAAAAUUUGUGUUUCCUAGUACAUGUAUAAAUUGUUAUUCAUAUCCAGGGCUGGACAAAAUUAAUAUGAAGGGGAAGCGGGAGCCUCAGCUCAAUCAGCUGCGAUCCACCAGCAGACUCGGAUUCUUCCACAAGCAAUCGGAGCUGAUGGCUAUGCUGCCAGAAGUUCCCAAGCUGCGGAGCACUUUCGAUCUGUUCGUAGAUAAUGGCAAUGGAGCGGGAUCCGAAGCAGAAACAGAAACGGAAGCGGGAUCAGAGGGCUUCAGGUGCCUGGAUCCUGGGGCCAGCAUAGAACUCUCGGAUGUGGCGGACUGCCUCCGCACCAUGGGCUUGAGUCCAAGUGACCACUGGCUGGCGACACGCCUGGCGGACCACUUGCGUCGGCGUGAGGCAAUGGGACCGGUGGGGGCGGCGUUCUUCCAACGGGCGUCCUUCGAGCUGGUGCUCACACUCUACUGCCAGUUGGCCGAGGAGGACGAAAGCCCAUCGGUCGAGGACGUGCUGCAGGUCCUGCGCAACCGCGAUCCGAGGGGCACUGGGGUGCUGCCCUACUCCGAGCUGCGCCGCAUGCUGACCACCAUGGGCGACCGGUUGGAAGAGGCGGAGGUCUUCAGCCUGCUGCACUGCGCCUCGGACAUCGCCGGCAAUGUGCACUACGAGCACCUGGUGCAGCGGGUGUUCGCCAAGGACGAGCAGGCGGAGGAGCGGCUCCUGCAGGCCAGGCUCUACCUGCAGGCGGUGGGGCGCAAUGCCAUCGACAUGGACAUGGCCAAAAGGGAUGAGUUCAUCGACGCCCUUCGCCGCUCGGAUCCCAUGAGCUCCGGAUUCAUCGAGCCCAACCGCCUGCUGGAGCUGCUGAAUCGGAACGAGGAGCGCUUCACCGGCGAGGAGCUGCAGCUGCUCACCCAGGGAAUGGAGGACACCAGGUGCGAGCGGGGCAUCAACUACCGCCGCUUUCUGCAGUUCAUCAUGAAUGAGUGACCGCUGUAGGAGCUCGAAGGAUCCGGUGCAAAAGGUAUGCAACUUUGAGCGCUAUCCUGAAAUACCCCUGUUUUGAUAUGACAGCACUGCUUAGACACUCAUAGAGCUCCCUCUGUGUGUCAGGAAAGCUGCACAACCUGGCCUUUUAAAGUAGAAAUAAAUUCCCGUAAGAUACAA